AUGAAGGAAUUGGCCUAUGCAGCGCGCUUCCUGAAGCGAUCAGACCAGGAAUCCUCGUCCCGAGAUGCCUAUGAAGCUAUUCCCGACCCCUGA